UGGUGCUACUCGUAAAGGGUACACGCGUCGGCGGAGUUCGUCAGUCUGCGGGCGAGCGUCUGCCGAAAUAACAGGAGCGGUUCGAGCACUCGCGUCGCAAUAUUUACGACACCCGCCAACAAAUACGGGAUCGACACGUAGUUAAACAAUGAAACAACGUAACGUUAACUUUUGGAAAUAAACCGGUGGAUAAGUCGGCGGUGACGAUACGCCAGACGGGAGGGGCUGGAAAUUUCUUUGCGCGAGAUCGCGAUAAAACUUGCAAGAGGAAAGGAAGAAAAACUGUGACGGGCACGUGCAUAAUGUAGACAUCUGGAGGUGCAUGUUUAAUUGCGAGAAAAACGAGUUCGUUCGAGGAACAAGUUGAAUUGCAGCGAUCAAGAGGCGAUUACAGGGGAGGAAGAGAGGAUAAUUGGGGCGAAUUGUUCGGAGAUAGCGCCUUAAUUGGACGCCAUAAAGUACUACAGCAAUUUCUGGAGGAACACCUUUCGCGAGUUAACAAUAGCUACAAUGUAGCGUCACGAAACUGUGUGAGCUCCUGCAGCCGUUCGAGGCCAAAGUUCACGUUGUUGUCUACUAGGCAGGGAUCAGUAUUCCGAGAAGGUCACAAAAAUUUAUCGCACGCAGGUCACGGCGAUCGUUGAUUUUCCGAAGAAUGCGAAGGAAGAAGGACUUGCGCGCUCGUUGAAAGAUGGGGCACUUUGCGGCGAACAAUACGAUCUACGAGAUCGCUUCGGGGGAUGGAGACUUCAAACCAUUUGCGCGAUCCGUGACUAUCGUCGCUGCUGCUUGCGCUAUAAUAUUCAGCAUUAUUGGAGUAUUAGGCAAUUUAAUAACGGUGAUCGCAUUGUUGAAAUACACCAGGCUGAGACGACACGCCACCACGGCGUUUGUGAUAAGUCUGAGCAUCUCCGACUUGAUCUUCUCCGCGGUAAACUUGCCUCUAACUGCCAGUAGAUAUUUGAACGAAGCCUGGGUCCUGGGCGAGACUCUGUGCAAGAUAUUUCCCUUGUUCUUCUACGGAAACGUCGCCGUAUCCUUGCUCAGCAUGGUGGCCAUUACUAUCAACAGAUAUAUACUGAUCUCACAGUCAGACAUUUACAGCCAGUUAUACACUAGUCGCGGCAUAACGCUGAUGUUAAUAGUCAUAUGGACUCUAAGCUUCUUGAUGCUGCUGCCGCCCUUGUUAGGCAUCUGGGGUACCUUAGGACUGGACUCGGCCACCUUCUCGUGCACGAUAUUGAGGAAAAACGGCUCGAGCCCGAAGAAGUUCCUGUUUGUCUUGGGCUUCAUCGUACCAUGCGUGGUGAUCAGCGUUUCGUAUCUCUGCAUAUAUUGGCGCGUGCGCCAAAGCCGGAAGAAUCUCGAGGCGCACGCGGCGGAAAGCGGUCGACGAAGCGGUGGCUUUCAACGGCGGGAGGACUCCAGAGUGACCAGAUUGAUGCUCACUAUAUUCCUCUGCUUCCUGAUGUGCUUCAUGCCGCUGAUGCUGGUGAACGUGAUCGACGACAAGAUGAAGGUUCCGAUACUUCAUGUAGUGGCGUCCGUGCUCGCAUGGGCAUCCGCGGUGGUAAACCCUUUCAUUUACGCCGGCACCAACAAACUAUACAGGGAGGCGUACAAACAGGUCUUGUGUCCCGUCUCGAGCAGAACACCCACGAUCGGUCCCAAGCCGACGCAUUCUCACUCGAGCAAGAUCUUGUCGCCCCAUACGAUAUAAAGGUAUCUUCCUCUCCGGAAACAAUCGAUCGCAUUAGAAUUAGUGACAAUAACGAGUAAACAGUUGACGCAUAAUAAUAUUAGUUUCUUUCCUUUUCAUUACAAAUUAAAUGCUUGAUCAGUACAGCGCAAACUAUAAACAAGUAAAACCUUUUUUUUUACAGAGUUUAACUAUAAGUGUGUUAUUACGAAUCUAGAAACAGUAGAAUUUUGUUUGAUUACAAAUUUGUAUUUAUUGAACGGAUUAAGUUUGUGUUAAAAAGUAGAAAUUUUUCUUCGCCAAGCAAAACGAUAAAUGUUACACUUUUAUUUCAACUAAGAAAGUAAAAGUAGCAUGAGCAGAAAAGUAUGUAUAAAAAUUGUAUUUUUUUACCUUGAUACAUAAACAUAUUAUAACGUUAUAAUAUAAUAACAUAUAUUUCUAUAAAAAAAAACUUGCAUAAUACAAAGUAUAUAUGCUUUUGUAAAAAAAAGGACGGAACAUACAUAUAUAACAGAAACGUACUUCAUAAUUAGCAAAUUAAAAAAAUACGUAUUAAAAAAAUCGAUAUUGCAAAAGCAAAAGUACGAUUCAUAUGGCAUAAAUCAUAUAUAAAAAGUUUUAGAUAAAUAUACUUAAAAAAGAAAGAAUAGCAUACUAACGUCUUCAUAAUAUUGCAUCUUCAGUUUUACAUUCAGUUGGUCUUCGCGGUAAUUUUGCUGAUUAUCCCUUUAAAGACGUACAUUACAAAUAUACGCGCGUAUUAAUUUAAUAAUAAUGAUAUUUGUACUUUUUUGAAAAGCGACGUUACUAAAUAAGUACGAUAAUUUGAAUUUAAAUGUGCAAAUACUAGAAUAUUAGUAGCUAAAAGAUGUUACAAAAAUAUUAAUAGAUCGCGAAACCAAUAGGGAAUAAGGUAUUCUUUUUAUCUUGAUUUUGACUACAAAAAUCUCAUGUAAAAGGAAUAGAUUGAUGACGGAUUUAUAAGCGAAUGUAAUGUAGAAAAGUUGAAAAAAUAAAAUCAUUUUCUACCGUAA